AUUUCUUGCUACAAUAUCACAUCUCCAUUUCUUGCUACAAUAUCAAAAAUACACAAGCAAACUAAACCCAGCUCCCUCUGUUUUCAAUUCCCCACGUUCUUCAAUGGCGAUUCUUGUAAAAUCUUCAAGUUUCUUUCUUAUCCUCAUAGUGAUAAUUAACUUCGGUUUCAUUGAGACUGAAGGGCGUCCUUUGAAAACAAGAAAUUACUCUGCUACGAGAGUAAUUGAAGGUUUCUUGGAUGGAUUCUCACUUGGAGCAAUUAAGGAAUCUGGCCCAAGUCCUGGGGCAGGACACAAGUAUGCCAAUGCCCAAACGCUUGGGGGAAUUAAGGACUCUGGCCCCAGCCCUCCCGGUGAAGGACACAAGUAUACCAAUGCUCAGACGCUUGGAGGGAUUAAGGAUGGUCCUAGCCCUGGAGAAGGACACAAGUAUACCAAUGCUCAGACGCUUGGAGGGAUUAAGGAUGGUCCUAGCCCUGGAGAAGGACACAAGUAUACCAAUGCUCAGACGCUUGGAGGGAUUAAGGAUGGUCCUAGCCCUGGAGAAGGACACAAGUAUACCAAUGCUCAGACGCUUGGAGGGAUUAAGGAUGGUCCUAGCCCUGGAGAAGGACACAAGUAUACCAAUGCUCAGACGCUUGGAGGGAUUAAGGAUGGUCCUAGCCCUGGAGAAGGACACAAGUAUACCAAUGCUCAGACGCUUGGAGGGAUUAAGGAUGGUCCUAGCCCUGGAGAAGGACACAAGUAUACCAAUGCUCAGACGCUUGGAGGGAUUAAGGAUGGUCCUAGCCCUGGAGAAGGACACAAGUAUACCAAUGCUCAGACGCUUGGAGGGAUUAAGGAUGGUCCUAGCCCUGGAGAAGGACACAAGUAUACCAAUGCUCAGACGCUUGGAGGGAUUAAGGAUGGUCCUAGCCCUGGAGAAGGACACAAGUAUACCAAUGCUCAGACGCUUGGAGGGAUUAAGGAUGGUCCUAGCCCUGGAGAAGGACACAAGUAUACCAAUGCUCAGACGCUUGGAGGGAUUAAGGAUGGUCCUAGCCCUGGAGAAGGACACAAGUAUACCAAUGCUCAGACGCUUGGAGGGAUUAAGGAUGGUCCUAGCCCUGGAGAAGGACACAAGUAUACCAAUGCUCAGACGCUUGGAGGGAUUAAGGAUGGUCCUAGCCCUGGAGAAGGACACAAGUAUACCAAUGCUCAGACGCUUGGAGGGAUUAAGGAUGGUCCUAGCCCUGGAGAAGGACACAAGUAUACCAAUGCUCAGACGCUUGGAGGGAUUAAGGAUGGUCCUAGCCCUGGAGAAGGACACAAGUAUACCAAUGCUCAGACGCUUGGAGGGAUUAAGGAUGGUCCUAGCCCUGGAGAAGGACACAAGUAUACCAAUGCUCAGACGCUUGGAGGGAUUAAGGAUGGUCCUAGCCCUGGAGAAGGACACAAGUAUACCAAUGCUCAGACGCUUGGAGGAAUUAAGGAUGGUCCUAGCCCUGGUGAAGGACACAAGUACACCAAUGUCCAGACACUUGGAGGCAUUAAGGACUCUGGUCCAAGCAAUGGUGGUGAAGGACAUGAGUAUACCGAUGCCCAAACACUUGGAGGGAUUAAGGACUCCGGUCCAAGCGCCGGAGGUAAAGGGCAUUAAUACAACAAUGUCUGUACACUUGGAGGGAUUAAGGAUUCAGGUCCCUGUCCAGGUCAAGAACUCACCGGGAAUCAGCACUAGCCCCUGUUUCAUUUUACAACUCAAACAGUUCUUUUAUUUUUUAUCCAAUACAUACAUUCAUACUUUAAA